AUGUCGAGUGAAAGUGAAGAUGCAGAAGAGUCCAGUUUGGAGGAAUCCGAGUCGGAGACGGAGUGUUACUGGAAUGAGGAAAACGCCGACAACCCGUUCAACUAUACCACGGAGGUAGAGCAGAUCAUCCACGAAAAUGUGGACAUUUCCACGGCCAACGCGAUCAAGUUGAACCAGCAGUUCCAGCAAAAGUUGAAGCUGAUGAGAUCGAAAUUGCAAGCGAUGGUCUACCAGUGCCAAGAGCGUUUGCGUAUCGUCGAGCUGAAGAUCGAUGACUAUAACUACCAGCGGAGUAUUGGCGAGGGUAAUGCGAGAAAGCGGGGAAGGGCGCGAGUUGGGGGAUACAUCUGUGGACAGCCAUUCUUCAAGGAUCACUCGCUGUAUCCCGGGCCGCACAAUGAGGACUACCUCUAUCGGAAGAACGUGAUGAAGGAGUUUUUCCCGCUGGAUCUGUUUGAAGCCACGGACACGAUGUGGACGGUGAACGAUAAGCUGUCGGUGAAAAAAGCGGUGGCAGCCCAGGCGAAGGAGUUCCUUGCGCGAGAGCUCAGCCUACAGGCGAAGCAGUGCAACAAUCCCAGGAAAAGCCAGCAGAUUCAGCAGGACCAGCAAUCGCUGGUAGCGCUAUCAAUCGAUGCCCUCUGGGCGAAGGCUUGCACGUUCGAUGGUAGCUACGGUGGAGAAACAUUUACGGUGGACUGGUUGCAGGUAUCGAACGUGGCCGUAUCACAGCGCCAUACGGCAGCCGCUUGCGAAGGGAUGUGGAGCAACUAUCUCAAGCCUGGAAUUCGACGCUGUAACUGGGAAUCGCAAGAAGAAACCCUGCUGGAGCAAGCGUGCCAGGAGUAUGGCUACCAGGACUGGGAAAAGAUAGCUCAGCGCAUCGAUGGCCGAUCACCAUAUCAGUGUUUGACGCACUUUCAGACGAACCUCUCGGCGAUGGCAAAGAACGCCAAGAUGCCCUGGACGGCCGAAGAGGACCAACGGUUGAUAGAUUUGGUGGAGAAAAACCGCAUCGGCAAGGUCAUCGUGUGGAACAAGGUGGUCGAGAAUAUGCCUUACCGAAACAAGACGCAAGUGUACACGCGCUACAUGUUUACGCUGAAGCAGCCACUACGAAACAUAAAGUUCAGCCCGGAGGAGGACUGCGUCAUCAUUGCAUACGUACAACGGUUCGGUGAGAAUUUCCGUUUCUUUCCGGACGGCAUGCUGCUAGGACGUACGACGCGCCAGAUUCAGGCACGGUACCGGAAUACGCUGCGCUAUGUUAAUAAACGGGCCACCUGGUCACUCGAGGAAGACCAACGGUUAAUGGACUACAUUGACGAGCAUCGGGCGGAAGUGGAUGCGAAAACCAUAUCGUGGGCACAUUGUGCCAAUUCGCUGGGGAAUCAUUCGCGGUUCAGCUGUCGCACGCGCUACUACACCAUUGUGCGCUUUCUGGAGAAAAAUCCGGGUGCGAAGCUGGAGGAUGUGCCGCGUAGAGAUCAGCGUAAGCUGUCCACCACGGUGACUAAUGAGAAUUGGGCUAAAAUCAUAUGCGGCAAAGCUAGCACCAUGGCCAAAGCACAAAAAGGAUCGUUCUACGCGAAUCUCAACACGGCCAGUGAGCGAUCGUUGUACGAAAAGAUGAAGUUCAGUUACCAUUACAGCUUUGGAAACCAUCUGAAAAUCACCAUGCGCCGGAAGCACGUGUUCACAGGUGUAAAGAUCUUGCUGCACAUGCUCGAAGGGUUUUACGAACAAAUCGCUUGUUCGAAAACCGUCGCAACGAACAAAAUUCUGGAGCAACCGGAGGUAUCUAGAAUGUUCACCGUCAUACAAUCACCGCUCCAGUGGUACGAGCUGGAAGCCAAAUUGCGGGCCGAGCUGAGACUCAGUACGCUUCCCUCCGAUGCACUGUUCUGUUGGCUUCCACCAAGCUAUAACACUGUGAUAGGGUUGCGAGGUGUCUGCCUCAAUGCUAACUCCAGCUCGAUCACCCAACCAUCGCAGGAGGCACCGCUGAAAGAACCCAAUGAGCAGCAGUAUCAGGAGGCUACGAAACGGUUCGUGGACCGGUUCAGAAAGAUUUUUCACUGGACCAUAUUGCUCACCAUGCUCAACUAUGAUCAUGCGAUCUUUCGCGAAGAGGAGACCGAGGGUCGAGGCUCCGGAACGUAUGAAAGCGAAACGGAAUGGGAGCUCAGUGAUGAUGAAGCGACACCGGAACAACAGUCGUUCACUUUAGCACUGGAUAACGAUAGACGUAUUCAGCAGAAUCACGAGCAACUGACACUGGAGCGGCAAGAUCGUCUCGUACCCAUAUCCUUUGUGCACCUGCAACAGGAACAAGCGACAGUGUGUGAACCGCCAUCCGUCAUGGCCGAAAUGGAUCUGGUACAAAAUGUAACAAUCGUUAAUCCGAACGAUCUACCAGAGUCAACACUCGCCAGUCUAGCCGCAGACCAUCCGAAUCUUUCGCUUUGUCCUGUGCAGCAGCAGGCCUAUACCAUGCCACCAUUGACGAUCAGUUGCAUGAAUAGCUUGCAACAACCGUGCACUAGCAGUUCUACUGAAGGGAAGGUGAAUUCUUCAAAAUCAAACCCAUCACAAACCAAAACGAAAAGACAACCCAAAUCCCGCAGUAGAGAAGCUGGGAUCACCAAACCAGCAGCGAAAGCACGGAAAACGAAUCGAGGGAAAACUGGACCCUCGAGUAUCGUACAUCGAGGCCUAGAAUCAUCAGACAGCAGUGUCGGAGACUUGCAACCAACGUGGGUGGAACAUCCCGUUGCUCCAUUAGAACCAGAUAGUAUUAGCAUCCUUGCACCAGAAGCACCGACGGUGAAUUUUGAAUCAGGCCUCUGGAAUGCAACGGUGGGCAUACAUGAGACUGAGCCAACGAAACCCAUGGUCGCUAUGGAAACUCACCCUGAAUGUAGCGGAAUAGUUUCACUGCAACCUACUGAACCGGUUAACUCGACCGGGGUACCAGUGCAAACAUUGCGUCUAGCGCCGGUGCAAGUGUUGUCCGCAGAUAGUCAGAGUCACAGUGGUGACUGGAAUUCAUCUAAUGUGUUCCUAACCGAGAUUUCCUAUGUAGAACCUGCAAAUCAUGCAGAAUCUACCGUAUGCGAUAAUAUGGUACCAGAACAGUCAUCGGACCAAGAGGAUCUGCUUCACGAUUCUAAGCAAGCUAGCAAUGCAGUUCUCUCCAAUGAUACAGAGGUAACGGGAGAAGAAACGACCCCUCAGGAAAGCAAGAGUGAGUCGGAAACACGUGACAAGCAGGAUCGUUAUGAGGAUUUGUUAACGCAAAUCGACGACAGCUUUUCGGCGGUCGACAUAAUACGUCUGCUAAACGAUAGGAGAAAGGCCGACGGUAACGAAAGUAGCAACGAUUCGGAUUUGUGAAUAA